CACGUGACGCGCUCGGGAACCAGCAGCGGCUGCAUCAACGAGCUCCAGUUUCCCCCUUCAGCCGGAGCUUAAAAGUGUCGGGCUCUGUUAUUUAUAAUAUUUCUUUCAAAAGGAAAUCAUAUUUGGGUGGUUUUGCAGCCUGCAUGCUGCAGCACUGGAGCAUCAAUACUGGAAGAAAAGACCGAAGUCUGAACCUGAAGCACCCUCUCCUCUCCACCCAUCUCCAAGCAUCUCCAAACAGUACAGAAACGAGAUCUUGAAGAAAGAAGAAGAAGAAAAAAAAUCAGAGGUGUCGACUGGGUCUCGUCUGCAAUCCACUCCGAGACAGUAACACAAUCGGGGACGUGCAUGCUUGCUUGCUUUUGUGCAGUUUGACACCAAGUUAAGCUUUGGGAGAAAUGAAAACCAAGCACAUUUUUGUUAAAGGAUCGUGCAACAUGCGAAGAUAAACUUCAGACGCAUCUGUACACUCUUGUUUUUUUUUUUUUUACGCGUUUAUGGAUGUAAGAGAAGAGAUGCGCACAGAGGUUUUUUGGGCGGAUUAAUACCAGGGCCUUUUCCUCCCUCCUCUCUCCUGACUGAUGCUUGCUGAAUGGGCUGCUCUGUCGGAUGCUGUAGCUGUACCUCAUCCUGAUGCAACCUCGUGGCUGGGAAUACACUGCGCGUUGUGAUGCUCCUUCUGCAUGCCCAGUCUGAUACCGAGUCUCAUUCCUGCGGUCAGACCUGUGCGUUUCUACAAUGGCCCGUUUCGAAGACGACCUGCCGGUCCGGUAUGCAGGCGGCUCUCCGUCGGCUGCGGGCCGAGUGCCGAGCAGGCAGCAGGGCCCCCCGGGUGCCCCCAGGGUCUACAAACAGACCAUGGCCCAGCGAGCCCGUACCAUGGCCAUCUACAACCCCAUCCCUGUCAAACAGAACUGCCUCACAGUCAACCGCUCUCUCUUCAUCUUCAGCGAGGAUAACGUGAUUCGGAAGUACGCCAAGAGAGUCACCGAGUGGCCUCCAUUUGAGUACAUGAUCCUCGCCACCAUCAUAGCCAACUGCAUUGUCCUGGCUUUGGAGCAGCAUUUACCUGCGGAUGAUAAAACCCCAAUGUCCGAGCGCCUGGAUGACACAGAGCCCUAUUUUAUUGGCAUAUUUUGCUUUGAGGCUGGGAUUAAGAUCAUUGCACUUGGCUUUGCUUUUCAUAAAGGCUCCUACCUCCGUAACGGCUGGAACGUGAUGGAUUUCGUCGUUGUGCUGACGGGGAUUUUGACCACCGUCGGGACAGAUUUUGACUUGCGGACACUCAGGGCAGUGCGAGUACUACGGCCACUCAAACUGGUGUCUGGAAUUCCCAGUCUUCAGGUGGUCCUGAAGUCCAUCAUGAAAGCCAUGGUGCCUCUGCUGCAGAUCGGCCUGCUGCUUUUCUUUGCAAUCCUCAUGUUUGCCAUCAUUGGUCUGGACUUCUACAUGGGCAAGUUCCAUCGUGCCUGCUUCAGGAACGAUACUAAUGAACUGGUGGCUGAGUUCCCAUGUGGCUUGGAGCCUCCAGCACAUGUCUGUGAGAACGGCACCACAUGUCGGGAGUACUGGCCUGGCCCCAACUUUGGCAUCACCAACUUUGAUAACAUCCUCUUCGCCGUUCUCACAGUCUUCCAGUGCAUUACCAUGGAGGGCUGGGUGGAAAUCCUUUACAAUGCCAACGAUGCCUCAGGGAACACCUGGAACUGGCUGUACUUCAUCCCCCUCAUCAUCAUUGGCUCCUUCUUCAUGCUGAACCUGGUUCUGGGAGUGCUAUCAGGAGAGUUUGCUAAGGAGCGGGAACGUGUGGAAAAGAGGCAGGAGUUCCUAAAGCUACGCAGGCAGCAGCAGAUUGAGCGAGAGCUCACCGGCUACCUGGAGUGGAUCUGUAAAGCAGAGGAAGUCAUGCUCGCUGAGGAGGACAAGCAUGCAGAGGAGAAGUCUCCACUGGACGGUGCCUGGUACAAGAGGAAAUGCAACAACCCAGUUCUGAAACGAUCCAAGAAGAGCAAGAACGACCUGAUCAACGCAGAAGAAGGGGAGGAUCAUUUCACAGAUAUCUUGUCAGUCGCACCCCAGGGCUCCCCUUUUGCUCGGGCCAGCGUGAAGAGCAGCAAGAACGAGAGCUCUUCGUAUUUGCGCAGGAAAGAAAAGCGAGUGCGUUUUUUCAUCCGCCGCAUGGUGAAGUCUCAGGGCUUCUACUGGACGGUGCUGUGUUUGGUGGGUCUGAACACGCUGUGUGUGGCUAUAGUGCACUACGACCAACCUAGGUGGCUCACCUACGCUCUCUAUCUGGCAGAGUUUGUAUUCUUGGGCCUGUUCUUGAUUGAGAUGAGUCUGAAGAUGUACGGCCUCGGCCCUCGGAGCUACUUCCAUUCUUCCUUCAACUGUUUCGACUUUGGCGUGAUUGUAGGGAGUAUUUUCGAGGUGGUAUGGGCGGCAGUUAAACCCGGGGCGUCUUUCGGCAUCAGCGUGUUACGAGCUCUUCGGCUGCUGAGGAUCUUCAAGGUUACAAAGUAUUGGAACUCUUUGAGGAACCUGGUGGUGUCUCUGCUGAACUCUAUGAAGUCCAUCAUCAGCCUGUUGUUCCUCCUGUUCCUUUUCAUUGUGGUGUUCGCUCUGCUUGGAAUGCAGCUCUUUGGGGGACAGUUUAAUUUUGAAGACGAGACCCCGACAACGAACUUUGACACCUUCCCAGCAGCAAUUCUGACGGUGUUCCAGAUUCUGACAGGAGAAGACUGGAAUGCAGUGAUGUACCAUGGGAUCGAAUCUCAGGGAGGAGUGGGCAGUGGCAUGUUCUCCUCAGUCUACUUCAUCGUCCUCACGCUGUUUGGAAACUACACUCUUCUUAACGUUUUCCUGGCUAUUGCUGUCGACAACCUUGCAAAUGCACAGGAACUCACAAAGGAUGAAGAGGAACAGGAAGAGGCUAUCAGUAAGAAACUGGCUCUCCAGAAGGCUAAAGAGGUGAAGGAAGUCAGCCCCAUGUCAGCUGCUAGCCUUUCUCUCGCAGCGCUCAAUGGAGGUGCGCUGUCGCACGGCUCCUCCAACUCCAGCUCUGAUUCUCCGAAUUAUGUCUGCUCCCCCGCCCAUCACUACUUGAGCCAAGAGCAGCGGCGCUCGCUGAAGAUGAUGUCCGUAUGGGAGCAGCGUACCACACAGAUCCGUAAGCACAUCAGAGCCAGCAGUGAAGCCCUGUACAACGAGGAACUCAACCCUCGCCUGACCUCCACCCAGCACCUACGGCCAGACAUCACCACUCACCUGGACCGGCCGCUGGUAGUUGAGCCGCGAUGCGACUGGGAUAAGCCCAGGGACCUGAGAGUCGAAGCAGGUACACCUGAGGACCCCAACCUGCAGGCAACCCCUGAUCCCCUCUCCAUGGAGCCUCCUCAAUCACAGCCCCCACGUAAACACCAUCACCGGAGACGUGAAAGAACUUCCAACGAAGGCAGAGAAAAUGGUGAAAAUGGAGCCUCACGUCAUCACGUGCACCACAGCCGCAGCAAGGAGACUGAAGGAACACGAGCCAAAGAUGGCAAGACCGAACGCAGCCACAGCCGUGAUGCGAGAGCAGAACACAGACACCACCGGUCGCAUAGGGCAGGACAUGAGGGCAACGGUAUUGUUGGCGCCAAGAGUGAGAGACGCUCGCACCACAGAGAAGGCUCACGCUCGGCCAGGGGGGACGGGGAGAGGAGCUCACGAGGGGAGGAGGGGGGCAACGGAGGCCGGAGGAGGCACCGGCAACGGGCUGGCAAGGUGCAGUCUUCACUAGAGGGUGGGGAGCAGAGGGAGAAUGGAGAUCGAGAAGAGAGCAAGCCUCCAGAAAACAGACAAACUGAACUGGGUGGAGAUAUGCUGCCUGCACCUUCUCAGCAGCUUGCAGUGGGGAACCGGUGGGGUCUGGAGAAACCAGAAGAUUCGGAUAACCAGCGAAAUGUCAGUCGCAUAGGAGGCCUGGGGGUCCACAUCCCCGUCACCAUCACUUCUCCACCUGGAGAGACCACUCUCAUAGCCAUGAACAGUAUAGACAGUGAGACGGCACCCAUAACUGAGAAGAACCUGGAGGAGGUGAACCAGAGCGGGCCACGUCCCAUACUUCCUUACAGCUCCAUGUUUAUCUUCAGCCCAACUAAUCCGGUGAGACGUUUGUGCCAUUACAUUGUAAGUCUGCGUUACUUUGAGAUGUGUAUCCUGAUGGUUAUAGCCAUGAGUAGCAUUGCACUGGCUGCAGAAGACCCAGUUAAUGCCAACGCUCUGCGGAACUACGUCCUGAAGUAUUUGGACUACGUUUUCACCGGUGUGUUCACAUUUGAAAUGGUAAUUAAGAUGGUAGAUUUGGGCUUGCUGCUGCAUCCAGGCUCCUACUUCAGAGACUUGUGGAAUAUUCUGGACUUCAUUGUGGUCAGUGGAGCUCUGGUGGCAUUCGCUUUCUCGAGCUUCAUGGGAUCGCAUCAAAGCCCAAACAGAGGGACCAAAGGAAAAGACAUCAGCACCAUCAAGUCUCUCAGGGUGUUAAGAGUCCUGCGGCCAUUGAAGACGAUCAAACGCUUACCGAAGCUGAAGGCUGUGUUCGACUGCGUGGUGAACUCCCUGAAGAACGUGCUGAACAUCCUCAUCGUCUACAUCCUCUUCAUGUUUAUCUUCGCCGUCAUUGCUGUACAGCUUUUCAAGGGCAAGUUCUUUUACUGCACGGAUGAAUCCAAAGGCCUAGAGAGGGACUGCAGAGGGCAGUUUCUGGAGUACGAUAAACACGAGGUCUCGGCUCAGCCCAGGGAGUGGAAGAAAUAUGACUUUCAUUAUGAUAAUGUGCUGUGGGCUUUUCUUACACUCUUCACUGUGUCAACAGGAGAGGGCUGGCCUACGGUUCUGAAGCACUCUGUGGAUGCCACCUUUGAGGACAAGGGUCCAAGUCCUGGUUACCGCAUCGAGAUGUCCAUCUUCUACGUGGUCUACUUUAUUGUCUUCCCUUUCUUUUUCGUCAACAUCUUCGUGGCCUUGAUUAUUAUCACGUUCCAGGAGCAGGGCGACAAAGCCUUGUCCGAGUGUAGUCUAGAGAAAAACGAGAGAGCCUGUAUCGACUUUGCCAUCAAUGCCAAACCGCUGACACGCUACAUGCCCCAGAAUCAGCAGUCUUUCCAGUACCGGAUGUGGAAGUUUGUUGUUUCACCACCUUUUGAAUACUCCAUCAUGAUCAUGAUCGCACUCAACACCGUGGUCCUCAUGAUGAAGUACUACGACGCACCGUACGCCUACGAAGCAAUGCUGAAGUAUCUCAACAUCGUCUUUACUGCCCUUUUUUCACUGGAGUGUGUUCUGAAGAUCAUUGCUUUUGGUCCACUGAACUACCUAAAGGACGCAUGGAAUGUCUUCGACUUUGUGACAGUGCUGGGGAGCAUCACGGAUAUCUUGGCUACUGAAAUUAAUACUACGGAUCGUCUGAUAAACCUAAGCUUCCUGAGGCUGUUCCGAGCCGCCCGUCUCAUCAAGCUCCUCCGGCAGGGUUACACCAUCCGCAUCCUGCUUUGGACGUUUGUGCAGUCCUUUAAGGCUCUUCCUUAUGUCUGCCUUCUGAUCGCUAUGCUGUUCUUCAUUUAUGCCAUUAUAGGAAUGCAGGUCUUUGGAAACAUCGACCUGAAUGAGGAUACGGCCAUCAACCACCACAAUAACUUCCGCACUUUCCUACAAGCUCUCAUGCUGCUCUUCAGGAGCGCUACAGGAGAGGCCUGGCACGAGAUCAUGCUGUCAUGUCUGAGUCACCGUGCAUGCGAUGUGAACUCGGGCACGCCGGGAAAUGAGUGCGGCAGCGACUUUGCCUACUUUUACUUUGUCUCCUUCAUCUUCCUUUGCUCUUUCCUGAUGCUGAAUCUGUUUGUGGCUGUGAUCAUGGAUAAUUUUGAAUACCUGACCCGGGACUCCUCCAUCCUGGGUCCCCACCACCUGGACGAGUUCAUCCGCGUGUGGGCUGAGUACGACCCGGCCGCAUGCGGACGGAUUUCCUAUAAGGAUAUGUACAAUUUGUUGCGAAUUAUCUCACCCCCUCUUGGCUUAGGGAAGAACUGCCCUAAUAGGGUAGCAUACAAGCGUCUGGUGAAGAUGAACAUGCCCAUCGCAGAAGACACAACGGUCCAUUUUACCUCCACGCUCAUGGCUCUUAUCCGCACCGCGCUGGAGAUCAAACUGGCCUCAGGAAUCAUGGCUCAGCGUUUAUGUGAUGCGGAGCUAAAGAAGGAGCUGGCAACCGUCUGGCCAAACCUGUCUCAGAAGACCAUGGAUCUGCUGGUGACUCCCCAUAAACCUAACGAGCUGACGGUUGGGAAAGUCUAUGCAGCCCUCAUGAUCUUCGACUACUACAAACAGAACAGAGCCAAGAAACUGCAGAUGCAGCAGCAGCAGUUCAAAGAUCAGCCAGGACCUCAGAACAAUGUGGGAGCUCUCCUGGAGCCCAUUCUGUGCCCUAUGCAGGAGAAGAGCAGGAGCAUGAUGGACUGUCCAUCAGAUAUCCUGCAUCCCAUCAGUCUCAGCUCUGCAACUCUGAACAACGGACACACACUCCAUGACAACGCCAUUAAAGGCUCCUCGUCUUGGGCUUCAGAGAAAACCAAAGACGUUCAGAGGUCAAAAAAGCGACCCAUGCUGAGAGGCCAGUCAGUGGACAUCUCAAACACAAACACUGCCCAGGUGUCAGUAGAGAUGAGAAAAAUGGAGAACAAUGCCAACACAAUCCAACAACCUGCUGGUUUAGAGGGUCAAGGACGAGCAGUAUCUAUGCCCAAACUCAAUGCAGAGAUGCAGAGAAGUCAUUCGCGUCACUCUCCAGGAACCUUACUUGCGCCGAUUCCUGAUUCCCCCCUGAGGCGAUCGGUGUCCACCUUUUCCUCACAGCGUCCUCCGGAGGUUACUGUGAACGAUUACAUUCUGGAGAAGCCUGCACAAGAGAGACCGCAUCACCAUCAUCAUCAUCACCGCUGCCAUCACCGAAAAGACAGAGAGAAGAAGCAGAGGUCGCUGGAUAGGUCACCUGGUGGACAACCUAAUAGUACAGGUGGCACAGCGGCUGACUCUGCGGGAAACUCCUCAUUUCAGGAGAGAGGGCAAGACCGAGGCCGUUCCCACGAAAGGAAACACCAUUCGUCGGCAGCGGAGAAGCAACGCUACUACUCGUGCGAUCGCUACGGCAGUCGAGAGCAUUUUCCCACCAAACCAGCGCCAGCCAGCUGUGCCACCUCACCCGGAGAGGCUCAGGAGACCACCUUCACCAAGCAGGGCAGUGGUUGGGCUAAAGGGAGCCUGGUGUUGUUGAGUUCGGGCUCGAGCACGCCCAGCCGCUGGCGCAGGCAGCUGCCCCAGACGCCCGUGACCCCUCGCCCAGCGGUGACCUACAGGACUGCCAACUCCUCCCCUGUGUCCUCUGCAGUCGCCCAGAACACCCUCCCUCCCCCGAGCCCCGUAAUGCGCAUCAGCUCUGAGCCGUACCUCCGGCCCCAGACAACGCUGCCGAGCCCACAGCAGAUCGUGACGCUCCCGACGCUAUCCCAGCAUUCCCUGCUCGGUAUGCCCAAUGGGUACCAUUACAUUAUGGGCAUGGGCACUGGCGGCAGCAGCGACAACAUCCAGCGUUACUACCCUGAAGCAGAGAAGGAAGAAUGGUGCUAGUACGGCUUUAACACACACACACACACACACACACACACACACACACACACACACACACACAUAACUCUGCUGAUGAUGCUCAUUGUGUUUUUCUUUUUCUUGUAAAAAAAAAAUUUUGAUGAGUUUUAUCAUCUCGACAUGUGUAUGUGGACAGCUUUCGUUUUUGCAGAGAGGGAAAACCUGCAGACUGCUUUUUCAUGUAUUUUAAUCGCGAUCUCACUGGGCUCGAAAUUCUGCCUUUAUGAUAAAUGAUAAAGACAAGUUAGAUCGAAGUUUCUGCUCUCAACUCCCUGCCUUUGUGAGAGAGGUCACGGUGGGAACGAUGGACAACCACAACAACAACAACACAAAAAACAUCUGGGAAAACAGUGACCUGUAGAGCUCAAGCAACAUUUCACAAUCUUACGGCCAGCGGGCUGCGUCUCUAGACGCAAAUCCCUAUGAAACCCUGGCCUUUUACUAUAUAUGUAUAUAUACUAUACUAUAUACGGUAUAUAUAUAUAAAACGACCUUGUUUUGAAAAAUGCAAAGAGGAAAAUCUCACUGAAAUGUUGCUAAGAACAUUUCAUUUUGUGUUUUCCAUCUCUGGGAAAGCAGAACCGUUCCUAUGGGCUAUGUACACGCACACACACUUACUGUACAUGUUACACACACAAAGAUUUAUUUAACACUCUCCAUGAAGGUUAUAAGGAUUAUUUUGCUGCUGAUGACCAUUCCUAGCCUACGUCACUCGGUGUGAUGUCGAAAUGUUGAGGAACUGGUUAAAAAAAAAAAAGUCAUUUCUUUUCUAAAUUAGAUAUUUUAUCUAUUCAUUAGGUGCAUUAUUAUUAUUAUUAUUAUUAUUAUUAUUAUUAUUAUUAUUAUUAUUAUUAUUAUUAUUAUUAUUCCUUUUAUUAUUAUUAUUAUUUUGUAUUAUAUUAUAUUGUAAAGAUACAAUGGUGUUUUCCGUGAAUCGCUUACAGUUUUAUCAUCUUGUCAGGACUACCAUUUCUUACAGACUGCUCCAGACAUUCUUACAAAGUGCCUAACCUUUUGACCUUUUGAAUAUAUCGUAGUAAUUAAGCGACCUCGGACUUUUUUUAGCGUAUCAGGACGCGGCAGAAAGGAGGACUGACUGAAGAAGCUCUGGGUUUUGUGGAACUACAAGGUGUUACGACUGCAGGCCUUAAUCAGGAAGCAAAUGAAACUGUAUGUUCGAUUUUUCUGUUUAUUUCAUUCACUUUCUUUCAACGGAAGUGACCAUAGUAUAAUUGUGUUUUAUUUGUUUGUUUUUUGUUUUUUUUUUGUUUUGUUUUUCCUUCUUACAUUUGUAGUAUGUUAUUAUGGGUGAGGGUGGAACUUUUUUAAAUUCAGAUGCAAAAUAUUACUUAGGAUGAAAUCUAAAAAAAAAAAUGUAAGUAGUCAUGUAAUACUACUUUACACAACAUACAGUAACCACAAUUUCAUGUUUUUUUUUUUUAAAUGACCAGGUUGAUAAUGUUAAUUGUUUGGGUAAAGGAAAAGCAGCAAAAAACAAAACAAAAAACAAGCCACCUUUGUGAUGUUUAGCUUUAGAGUCGGAUCCCCGGGUCGAUGUUGAGACCUUUUGAAAAGAGUUGUACCACUUUUCCACAUAAUAUCCCUUCACGUUUGGACAAAUCUUAAUGAAGUAAUUUUCCUAACGAGCCUGUAAACGCUCUCACUCUCAUGUUUUGGCUGAACAGACUGAAAAGCUCGUCGUAGCUAAUUUAAUACGAUAGCAUACUGCACGCUAGUCGGCUCGUUAAAUGCGUUAAGCGAGCACACAGUAGAUCGUUCAUUUUGACCGAGCGCUGCCGAGUUCACGACCGUUGGCGAGUGGAUGUGGUCGUGACAGAUUUUAUGCAAAUGAAGAGCAAUUAGUGCAGCGACUAUCAGUGGGAAUGAAGACGCUAGGGCACACGCUGCUCCUCCUUCAUCUCGUAGGAUACAAUGCAGCUAUACACACUGGUGAACUUUAUAUACAAACGUCAAAUCUCCCUCUCUAAUAUUUCACUUCAGCUGCAGGUAAACUGAUUUAGAAUACCAGUUGUUCCUCCCACUGAUAAACGUUAUUACUAUGAUAGUAGUAAUAACUAUGACGUUAUAACAGUAGUAGGAACGCGUACCGAUGACUUCGUAGUGCAGCGACUAUCACAGUAUCUGUGAACUUAGACAGCUUAAGUGAAACGAAUCAAUGCGGAAAUAAUUUUAUUGGCUAACAAAGUUUUACAUCAUUUGUUAGACCUUUUUAUCUCGUCACUAGUCACUUCGGGACGAGGUGUGCUGUUGCUGUUGGCUGUUUGUACCGCAGAUAUUAUCGGUAUGUUAUUCCAGCCUGGAUAACGUCGUAAUUAUAGAAACAGUGUGUUCCUGAUUCAGAAUAUAUGCUAAUUAAUCCGGUUAGUUAAAAACCUGUUAACUGUCAGCCGAUACUUCCUUUAUCUGUUUGUUGAACCUACUGUGAAUUCAAAUGAAAUAAAAAAAAACAGCCAGGACAUGAAAUCUGCUUGUCCCAGGAGCCUGGAUUAAUGAUUUGUCCACCCCUUGUCCUUCCACGUGGUACUCUACUGGCUCUAACUGACCUGCUGCCAGAUGUUCAGCUGGAUAUCCAGCUGUUGUAGCUGUGAUGGCUGAGAACCAAACAAAGUAGCUUUGCAGAAGCUGCACAAAAGAUAACAUCCAGUACUAGAGUAAUUGCUUAGGUGGCUGUCAUUAAAAAAAGGUGUAAGUUACAUGGCUUACGGAGAUCAAAUCUAUCCGAUAAACUUCAUGAGGGGAAGAAAAAUGUCACAUGAGUGUUUGAGCACCAUUUUCCUUUUGUAGCACUGCACAACUUGGUGUCCAUUUAGCUGCUUAGCAUGCAGUAAGUAACAGGGGCCGGGGCCCUGUGACGCCUCGAUUAUUGAGACGACAGGAUUUUGAUCGAAGAUAAGUACUUUUGUUUUAAAGUAGGGCUAUGCAACAUGAAGACACUUUUGAAGAAAAAAAAGGGGAAAAAAAAGAAAAAAAAAGGAAACAUCAUUCAUUCUGUAGCUUUAUCUCCUGGGGAUGUCCAGAUUCAGCCUUCCGCAUGAUCGUGACCAAAUCUUUUCUAUUUAAAAAAAAAGGACUAAAAUGUAUGAAAUAUAUAUAUUUUAGAAUGCAUAAAGGCACAACGAUUAACUAAGCGGACGUCAGUAACGUCUUUGAAAGAAAAAAAAUACAAAAAAAAAAAAAAACUGCAAUGUAUCUGCAUGCAUCAGAGUUACACACAGAGUUGGACGGUAAAAAGCAGAGCGGGUGUUUUGAAUAGUGCAUAUUUUUAUAUAUAGCCACUCUUUAACGGCUGUGACGAAACUGUUCCGAUAAAACAAAAAGUCGUCACCGUUUUCAUGCUGAAGUAUAAAAAACAUCUUUGCACUCCUGAUACAUCUGUUGUCCUUCAGCACGCUGCCACCGUGGCUUUAAACCGUAGUCUAUAUUUAAUCCACUUCCUCCAUACCUGCAGUUUUAUCUCUACCGAAGACAAACUUCACAGCCAUCCCCAAAUCUUUCAACCAUUUUUUUUCUUUCUUUUUUGCCAAACCAGAAAUUUGCACCCCGUCCUUUUCUGCACAUCUUGUUUAAUGUGGCUGUUCUCUUUGGGGGAAUAAAGUAAUGUUUGCAUGGUCUGACGAUGUACGUGCAUGUUGAACUACGCAUUGUUUAUCUUCAUACUUUUUGAUACGGUGUAUUCUUUCUCGGUUCUGUUUUUAAAAAUGACAUUUGAUAUAAACUAAGGGGUUUGUUGAGGCAAAAAUAAAUAAAUAAAGAAAGAAAAAAAAAGAAAUUUCUAUAUAAACUCAGUAUUGACAAUUGUGCACAGCUCCUCCAGUGAGACAGAGCUGGAACAAAUGCCCUUUAUUUGGAUUCUAUGUCUCACUUGUUUGUUGCCUGAUUUCUGUUCAAAUGGCCAGACUUUGAAUUCUGCAGUUGUUUCUACCUUAAUAUUUUGUAUGAAGCAAAGUCCUUGAAUUAAAAAAAGGAAAACAGA